CGUGAAAUCGUCGAACUAUAGAACUAAAGUCUGGCUCUUGUUAAUUGUCACUUUUGAAGAUCCUGCGGUUUUUUGUAUCCAACCACGACCCGGAAAGUAGGAGUUUUUCAUCUCAUUGUCAGUGAUUUUCGAAAGUAGAGAUAUUUCGUUUUGGAUAUUCGUACGCUCAUAACGCUCGACAAUGUCGAAGAUUUUUACACCUACCAAUCAAAUAAGGUUAACCAACGUCGCAGUAGUACGUAUGAAAAAAGCAGGAAAGAGAUUUGAGAUUGCCUGCUAUCGAAAUAAAGUCGUUUCAUGGAGAACCAACUUGGAGAAAGACAUAGAUGAGGUACUGCAAACGCAUACAGUCUUCACAAAUGUGUCUAAGGGUCAAGUCGCAAAAAAGGAGGACCUCUUGAAAGCGUUUGGUAAAGAUGAUCAAACGGAAGUAUGUAAGGAGAUUCUAACAAAAGGAGAACUGCAAGUGUCGGACAAAGAAAGACAGUCUGCUUUGGAUUCAAUGUUCAAAGACAUAGCCACUACUGUAUCCGACAAGUGUGUAAACCCAGAAACAAAGCGUCCCUAUCCAAUAUCAAUGAUUGAAAAAGCGAUGAAAGAUGUCCACUUCUCCGUGAAACCCAAGCGUAAUGCUAAGCAACAGGCAUUGGAUGUCAUCCCGCAGUUGAAAGCUGUCAUGCCUCUAGAGAGAGCCCAAAUGCGACUCAGGGUUCUGAUAUCUGGUAAAGAAGCUCGAAAACUCAGAGAAAAGAUUGUCAAACAUGCCACAACAGUUGAAAAUGAGAACUGGGAUGGAGGGAAUUUGAAUUUGGUUUGUCUUAUCGACCCUGGGCAGUAUAGAGAUAUUGAUGAGCUGGUAAGAACGGAAACAAAGGGAUCAGGAAUAUUGGAGCUGAUCAACUUGAAAGAAAUCACCGAAGGUGAUGAACUGUUAGAAUGAUCUCUAACUAAAGGUAUUGAGAUUUUCAUAACAUCAAAAUCACUGGUGAAAUACGGAAGCCAGCUGCUGUUAAGUAGUUCUACUUAACGGUUGAACCUUUAGUAAUGAAAGUGAAACAGAGUUGCUAUUUUGUUGAACCAUUACAAAGAUUCCUUGUCCGAAAAUCGUGAUGCUUUUUCAAAACCAAGUUGAUUGUAUUUGCUCAAUUGUUAGAGUAUACAGAAUGAGGUUUUUUUUUACUUGAAAUCUUAAAAAGAUAUAGCUGUUUUUUGUGGUUGACGUUUUAAACGCUUUUUUGUACUACUCGAAUAAUUUACAUAAUUUAAAGAAUUAUUACCAGAACUUAUGUCCCUAUUGAUUGAAAUCAUAUAAUCUUCUCAAAUGACAACCAAACUUUAUAUAAAAAAGUUGCGUCCUGAUUUCUAAGUCCAACAUAUUUUGAGCCUAUAAUAUACCUGCAUUGUUGACCAAUUCAGUGUAUCGCGAGCUGUUAUUGUGUUAAAUAAAAUGACAUUUUUCUAAA